AUGAGCGGCGAGAUAGAUGCCGUCUACAUAUACGACGAGCAUAACGCCCCUCUCGUCGAGCAUGUAUACAGAGCCCGCCCGCCAUCGGCCGCCGCCAUAUUACCCCUCUACCUCGCGCAUGCUGCCCCGCGUCCCUCAUUACUGUACAUUCCUGGCACGAAUCCACCGGUGACAGUGUUCUCGAUAAUUCAGUCGAAUCUUCUAUUUCUGGCGAUUAGCGAGGUGGACACUGAGCCCCUUCUGGUACUGGAGUUCUUGCAUCGCGUAGUCGAUGUGCUCGAGGAUUUCGUCGGGGCUCCUUUACUCUCUAUCAAAAUCCAGUCUAACUAUGAGGUCGUGGCGCAAUUGCUACAUGAGAUGUGCGAUGGCGGGUUGGUGUGCAAUACCGAGCCGAAUGCUUUACAGGAAGUUGUCGAGGUGCCGGGGUGGAUGGGGAAGCUUCUUGGAGGAAUCAGCAUACCGGGUACAUCUACACCAACCCAAGGAUCGAGUAAUCCUCUGAAACAAUCGCUGGCUGCAGCUAGCGUAGCUCAGGGCCCCGCGAUUCCCUGGCGACGGCCCGCAGUACGACACACCUCAAACGAGCUAUAUGUCGACAUUAUCGAAUCACUCUCAGUCACCAUGGCGCCAUCGGGGCGGUUGCUAUCGGCACUGGUUUCCGGAACUAUCGCAUUUACAGCAAAAAUAUCAGGCGUGCCAGAUCUUAUGAUGUCUCUUUCAGCACCUGGAGGUCAGCAGUCACUUGCUAAGAAGAUCGAACUGCCAGUCUUCCACCCCUGUGUCCGACUCGCUCGUUGGCGAGAACGGCCCGGCGAUCUCAGCUUUGUUCCUCCGGACGGCCGGUUCAUUCUGGCCGGGUACGAGGUCGAUUUGCUCCCCGUCGACCCAAACGCUGACGAAGCACCCAGCCACAUGGAGAAACUGUUUCUCCCAGCCAUAGUGGACAUUCGAAAGUCAUUAGGGUCAAGUGGGUCCGAGUUCGAGGUCCGCUUGACUCUUAACACGAGAUUCCCGGGCUAUAAUCCGUCGUCACGCCCGGCUACUACGCGCAAUGGUUCAGGCAGCUCGACACCUUCCUUCCUAGGCGGCAAUAGCAGCUCUGCCGGGCCCAUAUUGGAGGAGGUUGUCGUCAGUGUGCCCAUUUCCAAGUCUGUGCGACAUAUCACAGAUAUGCAGGCCAGUCGCGGUGACGCGCAGUACUCACCCAGUAGCGGGCUGCUUGAAUGGCGAGUCCCAACGGGUCGUGAUGCCGGAACAACAUCUGGUACUGCAACGCUGCGCUGUACAGUUGCAGGCUACCCGUCUGCAGACGACGAAAUCGAUAGUAACGAGGACGCUGAUGAGGAUGCGAACGCAAACCUACUACAAGGCUACUACGAGGCUCCAACGUCAUACAAUGAUCCGGCUGCACCAACAAGCAGGAAGACAAGAUCUUCGGACCCGAACAAGAAAAAGAAAAAGAAAAAGAAGUCCACCAAGAAAUCGAAACCUGUCAUCGAUGAAGCCGGUGACGGCUUAGAACUACCGAAACCUUCUACCCCUUCUCCCAACCACUCUAAACCUCACACUCCAACUCCAGCCGAAUCACACCGUUCUCAUCCUCACUCUCAUUCUCAACUUUUACCUCCCUCUCAACUUCCUGCAUUUUUCUCUCCAUCCUCUGCGUCAAAACCUGCGCGCAGGACAAAGGCUCAGAUAAAUGCUUCUCUCAUGCCGAACUCGGCUUCUGUCUCCUUCUCUGUGCGCGGGUGGCUUCCAUCUGGUAUUAAAGUAGAAAGCUUGAAUAUCGAGCAGCGUCGCAGUCGUGGACUGGGCGAGAGUGUGAAGCCUUAUAAAGGAGUUAAGUAUCUAUGUGUGAGUAAGCGCGGCGUAGAAAGACGCUGCUGA